UAAAGAGCAUGAAAUUCACUCUCGACUCCGAGUAUAUUUCACUGGCGACGAAGGUGGGAUCCUGCUGAGCUGACCGCCACCACGCACUGCACCGCUGCAUCGCACCGUGCAUCCAGGCUUCAGCUCCAGGACCCAAGGAACCCAGAAUGGCAACCGACAGCAGCUUCUCGCCAUUCAAACCAGCAUCAGGAGACUGGGAAGGGUACGCCGCCCGUUUCAACUUCCUCCUGCAAGCGAAAGAAGUCACCAACGAUGCCAUGAAGAGGGCGACAUUCUUCAGCGUCUGUGGAGAGGAGACGUUUGAAAUCGCCCGGGCUCUCCUUGCACCUAGAGAUGUCGCUACCGUCUCUUACAAAACAAUAAUGGAACGGCUGAAGGAGCACUUCUCACCACAGCCCUCGGUGGUAGCUUGCCGAAAUGCCUUCUACGCAAAGCGGCAAGCCCCGGGGGAAACCAUAACUGGGUUUGUGACCUCCCUCCGCCAAGCCGCCCGGUUAUGCAACUUCUCAGAGUUGGAGAACAUGCUUCGUGACCGCCUCGUCGGUGGCCUGAGGGACGAGAUGUUGCAACGACGCCUCUACGCCAAAAAAGACCUCACGUUCCAGAUUGCUCUGGAGGAAGCCCUGGCAACUGAAGCCGCCGAGAGGUCAACGCAAGAGGCACGACCGGCCCCGCCAUCCCAACCGAGGGUCUACCACAAAGACCUCACCGACGAAUCCGAAUCUGACAGGGAGGAAGUACACCGAGUACAGCGGCGCACUCAAGCAGCACACACACCACAGCAGCCUCGACGAGAAGGAGGGAACUGUGCAAGCUGCGGGGAGAACCACGAGAGGAGGACCUGUCGUUUCCGCAACGCAGAGUGCAGGCAGUGCAGAAAAUUGGGACACAUCGCCCGGGUGUGUCAGGCUCGACUCACCCGUCGACAAGCAUCAGAUGACCGACCCAGGAGCCCCAGGUCACACGGCACCAUGCACCAAGGCAACUCGACGGAGAUCACGGACUACCAGGUAUUCCAGUUGCCCCAUCCCAGCACAGAGAAAAUUUAUAUAGAGGUACAGAUAGAGGGAGCCCCAUGCCGCAUGGAGCUGGACACGGGUUCAACUCUAUCCAUAAUCUCGGCCCGAACAUUAAGGGAACUGUGCCCUAAUGGGGGUCCCAAACUAAGGCCGGCCCCAUUCACCCUCCGGGACUUCCAGAAACGUAAGGUCCCUACAAUGGGGGUGGGGACCUUCAGGGUGCAAUAUCGAGGGCGAAAGCAACAAUUGGACUUGCUGGCAGUUAAGGGCCCCUACGUUAGCUUAUUGGGACUGGCAUGGUUUGGACCUCUGGGGCUAGCCGUUACCGGGGUGAACCGCACUAGCUUACAAGUGGACGUGGACGCCAUAUGCAAAGAGUUUCCAGGGGUUUUCGAUGGGGCAUUGGGACGAUAUACAGGACCCCCCAUUGCCCUACAGCUAGACCCCGCUGUACGACCCAUCAGGCACAAGGCCCGCCGGGUCCCGUUCGCCCUGAAACCCCGCAUAGACGAGGAAUUGGACCGGCUCGUGGAGCAAGGAGUGCUGGAGCCGGUGCCCAACGCCCCCUAGGAAACUCCAAUUGUCACACCCGUCAAGCCUAACGGUUCGGUCCGCAUCUGUGCAGACUACAAAUGCACCAUAAACAAGGCUCUCCCGGCCCAUGCAUACCCAGUGCCAGUGGUCAGCCAUGUCCUCGCCACCCUGGCUGGGUCAAAAAUCUUUGGCAAACUGGACUUGGCCCAAGCGUAUCAACAGUUGCCUGUGGACGAAGCCACAGCAGAGGCUCAGACGAUUGUGACGCACAGAGGGGCAUUCAGAGUAAAGCGGCUGCAAUUUGGCGUUAGCGUGGCACCAGGCAUAUUCCAGAAUCUAAUGGACUCUCUCCUUAAAGGGAUUCCUGGCGUCACCCCCUUCUUCGAUGAUGUACUGAUCGCCGGGCCCACACCAGAGGAAUUUGAGGACCGCCUCCGCUCCGUCCUGCACCGUUUCCAGACGGCGGGCCUCAAGGUGAAGCGGGAAAAGUGUUUACUGGGAGUGCCGCAGGUGGACUUUCUGGGAUUUAAGGUGGACGCAGAAGGGGUCCAUCCAACCGGUGACAAGGUACGGGCCAUUUGUGAGGCCCCAGCGCCCAAGAGCAAGCCCGAACUUCAGUCAUUCUUGGGACUAUUGAACUUUUAUCAUGCCUUCCUUCCCCAUAAGGCAGCGGUAGCGGAGCCCCUACACAGACUCCUAGAUAAAAGGGCCCCUUGGGUGUGGGGCCAGCGACAAAGGGCCGCAUUCCAGGCAGUCAAGGACUUGCUCGUCUCGAACUCGGUCUUGGCACACUUCGACGAGAGGCUGCCAGUGGUGCUGGCAUGCGACGCCUCUCCCUAUGGCAUCGGCGCUGUCCUGGGACACCAACUCCCGGAUGGAAGAGAGGUGCCGGUGGCAUACUUCUCCCAGACGCUUGCUGCAGCCGAACGAAACUACUCACAGAUUGACAAGGAGGGUCUGGCAAUCGUGAAGGGCGUAAAAAAAUUCCAUGAUUUCUUGUACGGGCGGCCCUUUACCAUAGUGACUGACCACAAGCCGUUGCUUGGCCUGUUUGCCCCCAAGAAGCAGACCCCCCAAGUGUUGUCUCCACGUGUCCUCAGGUGGUCAAUUUUCCUUGCCGGCUACCAGUAUGCACUAAUCCACCGCCCUGGGAAGGCGAUGGGCCACGCAGACGCCCUCAGCAGGCUACCACUACCAGAAACAGGCCCCGACCCAGCGCCUGCGCAAGAGGUUAUGACCCUGGAGCUGCUUCCCGACCGACCCAUUCAGGCACAAGAAGUUGCGCACCAUUCCACAAAAGAUAGGGUCAUCUCCCGGGUCCUGGACUGGGUGUGGCGAGGAUGGCCCAGCAGCAGCCCCGGGCCAGAAUUCGCUGGCUACACAAACCGCAAACAUGAACUGUCGGCCCACAAAGGGUGCCUGUUAUGGGGAAGCAGGGUUGUUGUUCCCCAGCCCCUCCGCAAAAGGGUCCUCACAGCCCUACACGAGACACACCCAGGGGUAGUGAGGAUGAAGGCCCUUGCCAGGAGUUAUGUGUGGUGGCCGGGGAUUGACAGAGAGAUAGAGGCCUGGGUCCAACACUGCCAGACCUGCCAAGAAUCCCGCCCGGAUCCCCCAAGGGCCCCAGUCCAGCCCUGGGAGUCCGCCCGACAACCAUGGUCACGCUUGCACGUGGACUUCGCUGGCCCCUUCCAGGGAAAAACAUUCUUCAUAGUGAUCGGAAGAG